UUCCUGGAAAAGAACAUUGGCAGGUGUGUUUUUAAUAAUUUAUAAUGCGUGCUAUUUUUGUAUUUUUGAAUGUUUUUAAUUCUGUAUUUAUGCAUAGAAUUGUAUUUAGUUUUCUUUUGACAACAAAGGCAAUUGAGUUUUUGCUAUACCUACGAGAGUGGGAGAGAGAAGCUUUCAAAGGAAAUAUGGAGUUUAUCACAAAAUCUACUUGCUACGGUCUUAAAGUUACACUUAAAGCAGCUCUUGAACUUUCAAGAUUUCUGAUAGAGGACUGUAAUUUCGAUUUUGCAAGGAGUGAUUGCUUUAAUCAGGAUUAUCUUGAAAAGUUUUUCGGACUAAGAAGAGAAAGCUGCAGAGCAAAUGACAACCCGGAUUCGUCACUAUUCAUUCAAAUGUUUCGGCUCGUAUCGACAUAUUCUCUACGAAGCCGCCCAAGGGAUGCAACGUUACCAAGGGUGAGAUAAUGGACGCACUACUGAAAUUAAAUCAUAUCGCUGAC